AGUUGUUAUGCAGCACCUAACAAAGCAUAUAAUACUUGAUAUAUUUGUGUUCUGUUAUCUAGCCACUAGCUACCUAAUUAAAUAUGCGACAUUUGAGUGCAUGAAGUGUGCCCUCGUGCGGGUUUUCGGGUAAUGAAGUGCAUUAUCCGGGUAUUUCAAGGUAUUUUCAGUGAACGCACUCGCACUAGAUAUAAGACACAGAAUCAGCAUCUGUAGGCGAUUUUGGGACGCAGCUAUGGAUUUGGAGAUUUUAUUUUAUUUAUUGUAAAUUGUCAUUACCUGUACUGCAUUAAUAAAAAGUCAGUUAAUAUAACUAUUUUUAAUAUGAAGUAUUUCAGUAAGUAUUUUGGCGCGUGACCGCGGAAGGCGGGUCCUCGCAUGCGCACUUACUAGAGCGCUUCGGGACCCUCGUCUGCUACAGUCCUCAGAAGGGCAGGACGCAACCUUACUAGUGUGCAUCAGUCAGCAGUGAUCAGGCGGACUCGGGCAGCCCUUCAGCGGGUUAAUGUUCACUCCGAGCGCUCUAAGCAGAAUAACCCGCUGCUACAGCCGCGCAGCUGGAAUGGCCACAGACUGGCUGUCCUCCGCCGAGAGAGAGCAGUUCCUCCUGGAGCUCAAGGCCACUGGAUGGAUGGAGGUCGAGGACCGCGACGCUCUUCACAAGGAGCUGCACUUCAAAAGCUUUAACCAGGCGUUCGGCUUCAUGUGUCGAGUGGCUCUGCAAGCAGAGAAGAUGAACCAUCAUCCGGAGUGGUUCAAUGUUUAUAACAAGGUCCAGAUCACUUUAUCGACACAUGACUGUGGAGGACUGUCAAAGAAGGACAUUCGACUGGCCAAAUUCAUUGAUAAGGUGGCUCUGUCCCUGUAGCAGCUCUUCUUCUGGAUUGUACAUUCAUUUUCAAUAUUUCAAAUCUUUUGUAUUGUAUUCCCAAAAAGGGAAAUAGUUGAUGUGUUAAUUCACAUAGGUGUAUAUUUAAAAUCACUCUUCUUGAUCCGAUCUACAUGAUUAUGGUAAAUGUAUAUUAAACAUAAUAAUACUGUGAGUGUGGAUCCAUUUCAUAUUCAUUAAAAAUCUGAUACAAAUUCAAA